CGUUGGACUUUUCAGCUUCUGAAACUCAGCAGCUCCGCUUCUGAGGAUUGAAUCUGAUGUACAAUUUGAUGUUGUUUUGGUUGAGAUGAGUACUCAAUCAUUGAUUGUUGGGAAUUGUGGAAGGAGUGGAACCAAUCUUCAUGGCUUUUCACUGCCCCAUCUUUAUUUUGGGAAGGGAAUAUUUGGCUGUGAUUUGCUGAGUAUUUCCUCGAGGAGGGAAAAUGGAAUUUGGUCAAAAAUUUCAGCAGGUUAUAAGGUCAGAAACAGAAGAAAAUUUUCUGUUAGUGCAAAAAUUAUAAAGGGGAAGAAGCAUGAUUAUCCAUGGCCGGAUGACAUCGAUCCAAAUCUCAGCAGUGGUCAUCUGACUUACUUGUCUCAUUUCAAGCCUCUGACUGAAAAGCCAAAACCAGUUACCCUAGCUUUUGAGAAGCCACUUGUUCAUCUGGAGCAAAAAAUUAUUGAGGUGCGAAGAAUGGCUGAUGAAACUGGUCUAGACUUCAGUGAUCAAAUUGAUGCACUGGAGCGCAAAUAUCACCAGGCUCUGAAAGAUCUAUACGCUCAUUUGGCACCGAUUCAACGGCUAACUAUUGCACGACAUCCUAAUAGGCCAACAGUUCUUGAUCACAUAUUAAACAUCACAGAAAAAUGGGUGGAACUCCAUGGAGAUCGCGCAGGCUAUGAUGAUCCAGCUAUUGUGACUGGUAUCGGAAGCAUAGACGGCAGGAGUUACAUGUUCAUAGGCCACCAGAAAGGUAGGAAUACAAAGGAGAACAUUGCUCGCAACUUUGCCAUGCCAACUCCACAUGGCUAUCGGAAGGCUUUACGAAUGAUGAAAUACGCUGAUCACCAUGGUCUUCCAAUUGUUACAUUUGUUGACACUCCUGGGGCCUUUGCCGAUCUUAAAUCUGAGGAACUUGGUCAAGGUGAAGCAAUAGCCCAUAAUUUGAGAACCAUGUUUGGCCUGAAAGUGCCAAUUGUAACAGUUGUGACCGGAGAAGGUGGUUCUGGUGGAGCUCUCGCCAUUGCUUGCGCAAAUAAACUCUUUAUGCUAGAAAACUCUGCUUUCUAUGUUGCAAGCCCUGAAGCAUGUGCUGCAAUACUAUGGAAAUCAUCUCAAGCAGCUCCUAAGGCAGCCGAAAAGUUGAGGAUAACAGCUCAAGAGCAUUACAGACUCAAAAUCGCUGACGGUGUGAUUCCUGAGCCUCUGGGUGGCGCACAUGCUGAUCCUGCAUGGACUUCCCUACAGAUUAAGUUAACAAUUAACAAAGCAAUGGAGGAACUGACAAAGAUGGACACAGAUGAGUUGCUCCGCCACCGGAUGUGCAAAUUCCGGUCAAUUGGAGGCUUCCAAGAAGGAAUACCAGUGGAGCCUAAGAGAAAAAGGAAUAUGAAGCUUUCUGAGGUUAGCAUGCCAAAGACUGCUAAUAUAGAGUCAGAGAUUGAGAAUCUCAAGAAGAAGAUUGCUGAAGCAAAGAAAUCCUCUGAUCCAGUUGUGAUUGAAUCAAUUGAAAAUCUGAAGCAAGAAGUAGACAAGGAGAUCACAAAUGCAUUCAUUUCAAUGGGCUUACAAGACAAGCUUAAAUCAGUUAAGAUGGAAUUAUCUAAAGCUCCAACAGGCUCACCCAACCAGCCCCUAAAACGCGAUUUGAAGGAGAAGGUGGACAAAAUCGUGGAAGAAUUCAUGCGCAAUUUGUCGCGGCCAGGGGCAUGUCUUGGCUUAAAGCAGAAGCUUGGGAAACUUAACAUGGUUAGCAGGAUGAUUGAGAAGAAGGAGAAAGGCCAGAAACUGCAGACACAUAUUAAUCAGAGAAUCCCUUCCGAGGUAAAAGCGAAGAUAGAGCUUCUGAAGAAGGCUGAGGAAAACCUAUCGAAGGGUGAACCAUUCGAUAAGGAUUUGGUGGAAGAAGUAGAAAGAGCUAAGAAAGAGUUGAUGGAAGUUUUGAAGUCUGCAAACUUGGAGAUUGUUGGAGUGACCAAGAGGAAAAAAGUUGCGGCACCACCUCCGGAGUUGAAGGAGAAGAUGGAAUACUUGAACAAAGAGAUUCAUGAGGAGAUUGAGAAGGCAAUAAACCAAGCUGGUCUUAAUGGGAAAAUUGAGGAGUUGAAGGCAAUUAGAGCAAACGGGUUAAGUUCAAAAGAUAUCGAAAAAGCAGAAUUAGAGCUGAAAGAAAAGAUUCUUGCUACUUUGGAUAGUAGAAAACUCAAGGAAAAGGUUGAGAGUCUAAGAAUGGAGUUCACAUCAGUCAAGGAAACAGCUUCAGAAGGUAAGCGUGGUGUUGAAAAUGGAAGACUUUAGAUUGUGCGGGUGUGAAGCACUUAGUAACAAACAUCAUAUAUUCAUAUAUGUUAUAUACAUUGAUUUUUUAUUGUUUGAAUCUCGCCUGUAGUGAGAUGUUUUUGUAAGGCUGUCUUGUAUUUGAACUUAGUUUUCUCCAUUGCAAUAUUCCUUUGUCAAUUGAACUUUUUGAGAUGAACUUUUUAAGUCAAAAAAUGAAGGAGA